AUGCUUAAUUUACACCUGGGCUACGUCAACACAGAUCUCUACUUCACCAAGACUCCUGCUUCACCAAGACCUCUGCCUCACCAAGACCUCUGCUUCACCAAGACUCCUGCUUCACCAAGACCUCUGUUUCACCAAGACCUCUGCUUCACCAAGACCUCUGCUUCACCAAGACUCCUGCUUCACCAAGACCUCUGCUUCACCAAGACCUCUGCUUCACCAAGAUCUCUGCUUCACCAAGACCUCUGCUUCACCAAGACCUCUGCUUCACCAAGACCUCUGCUUCACCAAGACCUCUGCUUCACCAAGACCUCUGCUUCACCAAGACCUCUGCUUCACCAAGACUCUUGCUUCACCAAGACUCCUGUUUCACCAAGACCUUUGCUUCACCAAGACCUCUGCUUCACCAAGACCUCUGCUUCACCAAGACCUCUGCUUCACCAAGACCUCUGUUUCACCAAGACCUUUGCUUCACCAAGACCUCUGUUUCACCAAGACCUCUGCUUCACCAAGACUCCUGCUUCACCAAGACCUCUGCUUCACCAACGGGACGGCCCGAGGAGUGGCUGGGAGUGUCCUCGUCGUGAUGGCACCACUUGUUACAGGCAAGCCCAGCACGGACACUCACUCCCAGCUGACCCGACCCUCUGUCCUGCCGUGGAGGGUUCAGGGGAUGUGUCUUCGUCCUGGGCGCUGGGGGGCGUCAGGGGUCCAACGGUGCCAGUGGUGACGGGCGUGGGGGGGCGCGCCGAGCUCCCCUGCAACCUGACCUCCCCCCUGCCCCGUGACCCCGCCCUCCUCGUCCUCUGGUACAAGAGCGGCAUCCACAAACCAGUGUACAGUUACGACGCCCGAGGGGACCGCCCGUCACACUGGAUCAACCCGUCCCUGCUCGGCUCCCGCGCCACCUUCUACCCCGCCACCUCCAGCCUGUCUCUCAAGCAGGUGCAGGCCGGGGAUCAGGGAACGUACCGAUGCAGGGUGGACUUCAAGACCAACCCCACACUCACCUUCACCACCAACCUCACUGUCAUAGUGCCGCCGCAGCAGCUGACGGUGUACACGGAACAGGGGGUGGAGGCCCGCAGUUUGGUGGGGCCCUUCACGGAGGGGGAGACUCUGCGCCUCACCUGCCGGGCCGUGGGAGGCUCGCCGCCCCCCUCCGUCAUCUGGUUGGAGGGGGACGCCUACCUGGACCUGGUGGCGGAGGUGCGCACGUCGGACCUCGUCGCCAACAGACUCGAGGUUCCGUCGCUCACACGAAGGGACCUGCGCCGGACGCUGACCUGCCGCGCCGCCAACUCCAACCUGACGGCGCCCCUGGUCAACAGCGUCACCCUGGAUAUGAUCUUCUCGCCGCUCUGGGUCCGCCUCCUGAGCAGCCGUGACCCCCUCAGCGCCGGCCGGGUCUACCAGGUGGUGUGUCAGGCGGCCGGCGCUCGACCCUCGGCCACCAUCACCUGGCGACUCGGCUCCACCAGGCUCAACACACACACAGACAAGACUACCCACGAAGGGAACGUGACCACCAGCGAGCUUCAGUUCACGCCAGAAGUGGGUGACGCAGGGAAGGUGCUCAGCUGUGAAGCCUCCACGCCCUCCGACAACACACGCCCGCUGGUGGACGACUGGGUGCUCGACAUCUUCUACAUUCCCCGCGCCACCCUGCACCCCGGCCGCUCCCUCAACCUGAGCAACAUCGAGGAGGGCGACGACGUGUACUUCGAGUGUUCCAUCAAGGCCAACCCCUGGGUGUACAAGAUCGUCUGGCUGCAUGAGGGCACGGAGCUCCGCCACAACGUCUCCGCGGGCAUCAUCAUCAGCAACCAGUCUCUCGUGCUUCAGAGGGUCGCCAGAACAGCAUCCGGGAACUACUACUGCGUCGCCUCCAACAUCGAGGGCGACGGCCAGUCCAACCCUAUACACCUCAAGGUCAAGUACGCACCUGUAUGCCGUGACCCCCACAUGACCUACCACGGCGCCGCCAGACUCGAGCAGGUGAACAUCCCGUGCCACCUGGACGCCCACCCGCCGCCCCUCACCUACCGAUGGACCUUUAACAACAGCGGGGAAAGCGUCGAGAUACCGCAGGAGCACAUACAGGUGGCGACGUCCGGCUCCACCGUCAGCUACACGCCCAACACGGAGCUGGACUACGGCACGCUGCUCUGCUGGGGCACCAACGCCGUGGGCCAGCAGCGGCGACCCUGCGUCUUCCACGUGUUCCCAGCAGGACGGCCGGACCCGGUACACAACUGUUCCUCGUUCAACCUGUCCGUGUCGGUGGUGCACGUGCGCUGCGUGGCGGGCUUCGACGGGGGGCUGCCGCAGACCUUUAUCUUGGAGCUGCGGGACCCUCACACCGACACCCUGCUGGGCAACACGACGAAUGCGAUCCCGGCCUUCUCCGUGACCGGCCUGCCCUCCGGCCUGUCGCUGCGUGGGGACGUCUUCUCCACCAACGCCAAGGGCCGCAGCGAGACGGUGAAGCUCCAGGUGUACACAAUCAAGGACGUGGCCGAGAAACGCACAGCCGCCGUCAAGCCCUCCCCGACGAAAGGCCAGUCCUCAGGGGAGAUUAACCUCACUCCCAUCAUCUCCGUUGUGGCGGGCGUGGUGGGCGGCCUCCUAGUGGUACUUAUCGUGGUCUGCGUCGUGGUGAGGGUGCGGCUUGGAAGGCGAGCAAGGCCGCAGUGUGGGCGUGAGGAGGUAAGAGAGCAAAGUAGUGGGCAUGAGGAGUCCACGAGUGCGCCCCUUCACCCUAAGACCCCGCCCCCAGCAGCACUCCACGCGAAGGCGCCGCCACCUACCACUCUUCAUGACGCCCUCCCGCCCCCGCCUGUCCUGUUCAGAGACGGAGACGAGAGGAACCCCGACGUCAUCCAGCACGGCGGAGCACGUGAUCAACCUUGGCGGUGUUCGGCAGGUCUCAAAACCCCGUGGAACAUCACCUCGACCACACCGUUAUGAUACUCGACGCAGAGUGGUCUGUUCUAGCUCGUGUGGGCCAGAGGAGGAGGGGGAAGAGGCGAUCUCUGGGCCACGUCGCCGCUCGAACUCGACAUCGGACGGCGACUGGCAGAAGGCGGUGUUGGUGAGGACAGGACAGCAGCUGCUUCCUUCCGAGCUGGUGGAUGAGGACCUGGUGUUGGGCAGAGAGUACCUUGGCAGCGAAUGUUUGUGUUCGUAGCAUUACUGAUGAACUAGAGGGCAUGUGGGACCACUAUGUGAGCCUCCAUGCCCUCAGCGCCAUCCUCACAUGUCACCUCCUAUGUUGAUAGAGGUGGUGGAGAGUGCAUGCGGGGAUGGCGGAGAAGAGAAAUACAUGUGUUGGAGUCUGUGUGAAGAGAUGUAUCGGCUGUGGAAGCCUAUAGCCAUCUCGUAAGUGUAGACGUGAGAGAUGCACAACUUUUUUUCCGUUCACUGUUCCAGGCAGACAACAUCUCUGCCUCAUCCCAUAGCGCCUUCCCUUAAAAACAGGAGUAUGAGAACAUAUGUUUCAUAUAUUUAUAUUAAGUCUUAGAAAAUUAAAAACUGUCCUUAUAAUAAAUGUCCGGCAACUGUU